AUGGCUCCAAAAGCUGGCGGAGAUUCUGCAAAAGUAAAUUCAUCCGUAUACAAAAAUAAAAGCAAGCCGGCCGAUGUUAGGCUGAGCAAUAUAAAUGCUGCAAAAGCCGUGUCAGAUGCUAUUCGCACAAGUUUGGGGCCGCGUGGAAUGGACAAAAUGAUUCAAGCAGCAAAUGGGGAGGUGACAAUUACAAAUGAUGGUGCUACAAUUUUGAAACAAAUGAGUGUAAUCCAUCCAGCUGCUAAAAUGUUGGUGGAGUUAUCUAGAGCUCAAGAUAUAGAGGCUGGAGAUGGUACUACAUCUGUCGUUGUAAUUGCCGGUGCCCUGUUGGAUGCAGCUGAAAAACUUUUACAGAAAGGAAUUCAUCCAACAGUUAUAUCAGAUGGAUUCCAUAAAGCAUUACAGAUGGCAUUGCAGGUUGUGGAAGGUAUGUCCACACCUGUCGAUCUUUCCGAUGAAGUUGCUCUUCUCAACGCUGCUGCCACAUCUCUUAACUCUAAGGUUGUUUCCCAACACUCUUCUAUUUUGGCACCUAUUGCAGUUCAAGCUAUUUGUGCAGUAAUGGAUCCAAUUCCUGGUGGAGUGGGAGCUCGGGUUGAUUUGCGCGAUGUUAAAGUUAUUGAACGUAUUGGUGGCACUGUUGAAGAUACAGAGCUAAUACAGGGACUUGUCAUACCACACCGCUCUGCUAAUGUAAAUGGGCCACAUCGUAUUGAAAAAGCUAAAGUUGGACUAAUUCAGUUUUGCAUUUCACCACCAAAAACUGAUAUGGAUCACAAUGUGAUUGUGUCAGAUUAUGCUGCAAUGGACCGAGUCUUGAAAGAGGAGCGACAGUAUAUUUUAAACAUUGUAAAACAAAUUAAAAAGGCUGGAUGCAAUGUCUUGUUGGUUCAAAAGUCAAUUUUGCGUGAUGCAUUAAGUGAUUUAGCCGUUCACUUCUUGGACAAAAUCAAGACUAUGGUUAUUAAAGAUAUUGAGCGUGAAGACAUUGAGUUUGUAUGCAAGACACUGGGUUGUCGUCCAAUCGCUUCUCUUGAUCACUUCACAGCAGAAAAUUUAGUCAAUGUCGACUUGGUAGAAGAGGUUAAUGAGCCUGCUGGCAGAUAUAUUAAGAUGACGGGUUGCUCGAACGGCGGUCGCACGGUGUCGGUGCUGGUGCGCGGUACGAGCGGCGCGGUGGUAGCGGAGGCGGCGCGCUCGCUCCACGACGCGCUGUGCGUGGUGCGCUGCGUGGCGCGUCGGCCCGCCCUGCUGCCCGGCGGCGGGGCGCCGGAAGCGGCCGCCUCCGCCGCGCUCGCCAGGGCCGCCAUCGCCGCGCCGGGCGCCGACCACUACUGCCUGCGCGCGUUCGCCGACGCCCUCGAAGUGGUGCCGUCGACGCUCGCCGAGAAUGCGGGCCUGAACCCGAUCGAGACGGUGACGGAGCUGCGCGCGGCGCACGCGACCGGCGCCGCGGGCUGCGGCUCGGGCGUGAACGUGCGCCGCGGCCGCGUCACCGACAUGCGCCACGAGCACGUGCUGCAGCCGCUGCACGUGACCGCGUCCGCACUGGGCCUCGCCACGGAGACCGUGCGCGCCAUACUCAAGAUAGACGACAUCGUAAACACUAUGAAU